AUGCGACGAGACGGUCAGUAUGGUACCAACAAAACCAUUCGAUACUGUAAAGAAUGCUCCAGAGAGUCAUCAAAUAAUUCUUCUUCUGGUGAAGUUUCUAUGAACAAAAGAAAUCGUUGGCAAUUGACCGAACUAUUGAAAAAAUAUAGUCAAUCACCAGAUAAUACCAAGAAAAUAGUUUUACGACGUAAAUAUACUUUCCAGCAGUACAACGGCUAUACAUGGUCACCACGAAGGAAGAUGACCCCACCAAGACAUACUACUUUCGCUGAUAAGCCCGAUUUCAUCUAUCAACCUUAUGUAAAAUUUCUUAAAGUCAAUCACGAUGUUUUCAAUUUUGCUCUCUUCAAUGUAUCACAAUUCUUGAGCGACGUAAAUAACCUUGACCAACUACUUGAUAUUCGUUCACGUGACAUCACUGUGACGCUAAUAUAUUUUUUAGAUGGUUCGCAACAUUCUUUCUCGUUUGAUUGGCUUAAUGCUAGACGACAUGCUAAUGGUGGUUACGUAGCCGAUUAUUGUAUGCUCUGUACAGGAGAUUAUUGUCCUUUCGGACCCAAAAUUCGUGGACAAUCGGCAUCAGACUCGAGAUUGAAAGAAGUCUUAAUUUUGACUAAACCAAACCAACAGCGAGGGCAAUGUGGUUGCUGCUCUAGGCGAAAUUGGGUUCCGUCAUCUUUCUUCCACGAGAAAUCGUAUUAA